AAAGUUUUUCACAUUUGUACCACACACAUACACAAACAAACAAAAUUGAUGUUUUCUUUUUUUUCUGGUUUACUCAAUUCUUUUACAAAAUUUAAAUUUGAAAAUUUUAAAGUUUGUUGGUUUUCAAUCACACUUUGUUAACCCUGUUUGCUCAUCAUUUUUACGGAAUUUACUGAAAUAAAUCAACAAAUAAACAUGGCAGCAACAUUACCAUCAAUAAUAUAUCGUACAAUAAUCCGAAAUGUUGAUCGUUAUGUACCAAACAAAUUACGACCAAUUUGGGAACAUGAAGCUGGACCAAAAACAGUAUUUUUCUGGGCACCAGCAAUCAAAUGGAGUCUUGUCAUAGCUGGAAUAUCCGAUAUAGCUCGGCCGGUUGAAAAUCUAUCCAUAGGCCAAACAAUAUCAUUAACUGCAACCGGUUUAAUUUGGUCACGUUAUUCAUUGGUUAUAAUACCGAAAAAUUGGUCACUAUUUUCGGUAAAUUUUUUCGUUGCAACAACACAAAUAACACAAUUAUGUAGAAUUAUUAUUUAUCAUCAUCAACAACAACAACCGCAAUCGCAACGUAAACAACUCGAACAGCAGCAGCAGCAAUCAUCCAUCACCAUUGAUAAUGUCAAACAAAGUUGAUAAUGAUGGUGAACAUUUGUGAUAAUAUUUCUGGGAAAUUUCUUCUGCAUCAAGA